UCCUGCUCCUCCUGCUGCUCAUUUAAAGAAGCACAGGGAGGCGUGUGGUCUUUCCACAGCAAGGAGAGCGAGAGAGCGAGUGCAGAGCAGAGCUCAGCAGCAGCCUGGCCGUGUGGUUUCGUUCAACUUUCCCAGCAACGGAGAGGCAGUCGGCGAAGAAACUUCUUGGCUGGUUGGGCGCCUGCCGGGCCCCAGGAACCACUGCCCCACUGAUCAGCGCUUGCACCUGGGCACCCAAGACGCAGGAGCCAGCUGGGAUGGAUGCUAUAAAGUGCCUGCUGCCACUAUGGAUAAAAAGGAGCGCCGGUGCUGCAAAUUAGCAGAUAACUAGCAGCCGGAACACUGUGGCUGGAGGAAGAGAUGCUUGUGCUGCUGGCAGAAUCCCAGCAUGGCAGCAGCGGGGCUGGAGGUUGCGCACCGGCUUCCCUGCCUCUGAAUCUUCUGCUGCUCCUCUGGGCCUGAGUGCCGGAUGGAGGUUUCUGACCUGUGGACCCUGCAAAGCUGAGAAGGUGGGUCCCCUCUCCACUCAAGCCACUUCUUCGCAAUGACGGUGACUGCUAUGGGAAGCCAUGACGGCUACAACAUGCAAGCCACGGCUGCCAUUGCUGCUGUCACCACCUUCCUCAUCCUCUUCACCAUCUUUGGCAAUGUCUUGGUGAUCAUCGCCGUGCUGACCAGCCGGUCCCUAAGAGCCCCGCAGAACCUCUUCCUGGUGUCUCUUGCGGCCGCCGACAUCCUGGUGGCCACCCUCAUCAUCCCCUUUUCCCUCGCAAACGAGCUGAUGGGCCGCUGGCAGUUUGGGAGGACCUGGUGCAAGGCCUACCUGGCUUUGGAUGUCCUGUUCUGCACAGCCUCCAUUGUGCAUCUCUGUGCCAUAAGCCUGGACCGGUACUGGUCCAUCAGCCGGGCCAUUGAGUACAACUCCAAGAGGACGCCAAGGAGGAUCAAAUGUAUCAUCCUCAUCGUGUGGCUGAUCGCCGCUAUUAUCUCUCUGCCCCCGCUGAUCCUCAACGAGAAACCGAACAACACACAAGUGGACGAGACGCUGUGCAAGCUGAAUGACAACAAGUGGUAUAUCCUUUCCUCCAGCACUUGUUCGUUCUUUGCUCCCUGCGUCAUUAUGAUCUUGGUGUAUCUCAAGAUCUACUUCAUAGCCAAGCGUCGAAGCAGACACGGGAACAGAGCGAAGGCGGCCAAGGCAAAGAAAGAAGAAGGGAUACCCCGAAUCAUUGCUGGCCCAUCCGAUGAAAUUUCUCCCAAACAGGACCAAUUCAACCCUCAAGAAGAAGGGGAGCCCAAUGGGCACCAAGUACCCAUCCAAGAAGGUGAUCAACUGGAGACCCAUCAUCUCUCUACUGAAAGCUUCUCUCUUGUAUGCCAGGAGGUCAAGCACCCUCAGCCAGCAACGGCCACCAGCCCUCCCCCAUCCCUGCCAGAGAAGAAGCCAACUUCAGAGUCCAGCCCACCGGAGUGCCCUCCCCAUAACAGUCUGAAGCAGAGCAAUGGGCCACCACAGAGCCCCCCUAAGGUCAUGGACACCUUGGCCACUGUCAGAGGGGAGGUCCUGCUGGUGAAGAGGGUGAAGACCCUCAGCACCAACCCUUGGAAGCGGAAGGCACACCUCAACCGCGAGAAAAGGUUCACUUUUGUUCUCGCUGUAGUGAUUGGGGUCUUUGUCAUCUGCUGGUUCCCGUUUUUCUUCCUCUACAGCCUUGAGGCCAUCUGUCCUGAGAAGUGUCGGGUCCCAGUCAGCACCUUCAAGUUUUUCUUCUGGAUUGGCUACUGCAAUAGCUCUUUGAACCCUGUCAUCUACACCAUCUUCAACCAGGACUUCCGGAAAGCUUUCAGGAAGAUUCUCUGCAAGCAGUGGACUCAGACUGCCUGGUGAGAGAGAUCAGAGACAGAGCGAGCAAUUAGGGGUGCCCAGAGAGAGACACCACUGGAAAUAGGAACUCGUCGUGCUGUUGAAACAAACAAAAAAUGUUCUAUUUAUUUGCUUGCUUUUGUGUUUGGGGAAAAAAAGAUGCGAGCUGGAUAGAAACCAGCUCCCUUGAAAGUGGUUUUAGUAAUCUCUCUGCUAACUGAGCAAAGACGCUCCUUUUUUAAAGUGGUGAUUCUCUUGUAUUUAGGAGCGGGAGAGCAACUGACCCUAUCCAGCCCCAGCACAGCAUCCCUCCAGUGGCUGCUGCUGGUGUCUGCCUUAUAGACUGUGAGCCUUUGGGGACAGGGACCCAUCUUAUUAAUUUAUUGUUUUCUCUAUAUAAACCGCUUUGAGAAAUUUGUCAAAAAGCGGCAUAUAAUUAUUUGUUGUUAGUUUGGGGUCAGCUUAUACAUUUUCUGCCAAAGGAUUCCACAUCCCCGCACAAAAGGACUGUGCUAAUGCCAAAAACCAUUGGAUUAAUAAUUUCAUUUGGAUGAAAUGAAAUUGGAUGCAUUCAAUUUCAUUGGAUGAAUGAUGUGGGUCAAAAGGACCUUUUCCUUCGGACCCUGUGGCCCAAUGAGUGUGGUCCAGGCUAGCCAACUUUGAAGAUCGCUGUUGUAGCUAUGCUUUUCGCAGUAGCUUGAUGGGCAGAUGCUGCUGAUGCUGUGUUUGUCUCCAUACUGUGAAAGGCUUCUUGCAGUGCAGUGCACUGCACACGAGAAUGCUGCUAAGGGCAGAGGAGGAGAAACCCUGGACAGUUGGCAACCUUAGCCCUGAGAUCUGCCAUCCAGGCAAGUUACAGAAAGUAAUCCAUUGGGGCGAGUCGUAAUACAAGCCCAUUUCCCCCCCAAUAUGUUCAAGCUUUUUUGGACUUCUUUGGGAAGAAAUAGUGUCUCAUAGGAACGUAGGAAGCUGCCUUAUACCAAGUCAAAGCUGGAACCUGAAUCCUCUGCAUACCAAUGAGGGGCUUUCGCAUUGAACUAUGGCCGUUCUUUCUCCCCCUCCCUCCCUCCCUCCCUCCCGAAACCAUGGACUGAAAAUACUCUUCAGGGAACAAAUGGUUAGCUAAGAGGUCUUUAUGCUAGGGUUGCCAUCUAGCCAGAAAGGAAUAGUCUGCAUGAAUCUCCUGGUGGUAAUGCUCAGCACUAAGAAAAACAUUGUCCUGCUUGCUAACUGUUGGACAUUAAGGUUCUCUUAGAGGUGCAGCUACAUGGCGGGUAGGAAGAGUUGGCCAUCCCACUUCAUACUAAAUGGUGGGAUUUUCAAAGUGGUGACUUGACUAGGAGCUGAACUUUGCUGCUGUUUGCUUUUGAUUGCUACCAGCUGUUGGCAAAUGUCCCCACUCUGCUUUUUGAUACUGUAUGAUUGCCACCUUUUUAAAUCCGCUCUGCUCCUGCACCUUUAAUAGCAGCCCAACUCCCAGUAAUGUAGCAGGUGACACUUCCACCCCCCACCCCAGCAUUUUCAUACUAGGGAAGGCUUCAGCUGCUAAUUUUCUGUGCCCCUGACUGCUGUUCAAGGCACAGGAACAGGACUGGUAAAAAAAGAUGGCAACCCUAUAGACUGUGUUGUGUGUAUUGUUCUCCUUUCCUCUGCUGUUGGAAUCCUGAGAUUCUUCAACUAGAAGGCUAGGCUGCUUCUAGGUUGCACUUAUUUCUGAAAUGGGAAAGGAAAUGCCUUGUGUUCUGGCCUCCUGUUGCAUAAAUUAAUUACUAUGUGCGGUUGCCAACCGACUAAGAAAUAAUGGUCUGCUCUGUUCUUGUGCCUUUAAAACCAGCUUGAUCUGCAGAAAUUAACCGGGGAAGCUUUUCAUGGUUUUGAGAUAAGCUUUAUCAUCUGCUAAUCAAGCCACUCAAAGGCAUAGCUAAUUGAAAACCUGGCCACCGGAUGACUGAUUACAUGGUUGGUUGGUUGUCUCUAAGGGUUUCCUUUCCUUUGUGUAGAGUGUUUUGGCAUGCAAAGGUUGUGGGGCAGAGAGCAGGUUCCUCCCUGGGGCUCCAAGUUCAGUUAAACAUCAGUCUAAAAACAGUCUAAAAAGACUAAAAAACUGACUAAAAAACAAGACCAUCACCCAAUUAAAUAAAUCUUACUGGAUUAAUUGCAUGAGUUUUAGUUAGUUGGUUGACCAGUUAAAUUUGUACAGAAGAACCAAGUUCUAAAGAAAAAAGCAAGAGACUUGUUGUUUUUUUAAUAGGAUGCAGGGAUUUAUCUCUCUCGCAUACAGGAGGGGCUGCCUCUUCUACGGUUUUACGACUCAAAUUUAAAACUUUUAGUAUAAACAUUUUAAGACAAUUUUGAUACAAAUAAAGUUAAAUCUGCUGCUGAUUUAAAUUGGGGACAUCCUUUAAAGUGACCAAAGUGUGUUUAAUCGAUUUUAACAUUUAACUUGAAUAAAUGUUACAGCCUUGCUGAAAAGGUGCCAAGAAUAAAUAGGCAGCAGCUUUUAAAAGUUAUUACCUGUACUAAAAACUUGCACAUGGCAAGAAUCUUAAGAGGCAUUCCUUUUUCUUCUUCUUAGAGAAGGCAUUCCCACACAGAGGAGGGAAUGCCUCUCCCAGGAUAGAUGAUGCAGAGCCAUCUGUCACAGAAACAGUAAUAAGACUGCAUAUUGCUUCCCAAGUAUUGAUUUUAUUCAUAUGCAAAUAUAAUUAAUUGUUAAGAAAACAUGAGCCCUGCUGUCUUGGACCAGAAGUCCAUCUCAGCAAGAUGUUUGUGGGAAGCCCACAAGCAGGAUAUAAAGGCAACUCGCUGUACUGUCCUGCUGUUGGCCCCCCAACCAGUAUCCGGAGAUAGACUGCCUUUGAAUUUGGAGGUUCUAUAUACAAGCAUGACUUGUCCCCUUAGCUAAGCAGGGUCUGCCCUGGUUGCAUAUGAAAGGGAGAUUUGAUGUUUGAGCACUGUCAGAUAUUCCCCUCAGGGGAUAGAGCCACUCUUGGAAGAGCAUCUAGGCCCCAAGUACCCCCACUGGCAUCUCCAAGACAGGGCUGAGAGAGAUUCCUGCCUGCAACCUUGGAGAAGCCGCUGCCCAUCUGUGUUGACAAUACUGAGCUAGAUAGACCAUGGUCUGACUCAGUAUAUGGCAGCUUCCUAUGUUCCUAAUAAUGACUAAUAGCCAUUGAUAGUUCCUGGGUCUGUGUGACAAGCAGAACCCAGCAGAGAAAGUUUUCCCCAGCAUUGCAGGUCAGCAAAGAACUCCACUUGCAGGAUUUCUUCCUGACACAUGAUUGAUAAAAGCACUAAUGACGACUCCAGAGCACUGGAAAUCCCAAUGCGAAAGAUUUGUACUAGUAAAUAUUUUCAGUAGUUGAAAACUGGAAACUUUUGAGGGGAGGGGGGAGACAGUUUCCUUGUUGUGUUUUUCUCCUGGCUUUUCUUUCCAUGGCUCAUUGAGGAAAAAUCUGAAGAAACCAAUUUCCAAAAAUGCUUUCUUUCCAGUGAACCCCAAAGUACAUUAAUUUGCUGGCUGCCUUUUUAAAAAGUGUGCGUUCCUUUUUGCAUCCGCGUGAUUGCGCCACAGGAGUUCUGUUUGAUACUCUUGCUUUCUGACUCCCAAAGACUGGGUUGAGAUUGCCAGUAUUUCCCAAACAUCCUCUCUUCUUCUCCCCCCUAGAAAUAAAGGCAAAAUUUAUUUUUUGAAAUUCCAUAAAUUUCAUGUCUCUGAUGCAAACAAGACUCUCAAGGAAACAAAACAAAACGGAUUGUGAGGAGCUCCAAAAGGAUCUCUCCAAACUGGGUGAGUGGGCGACAAAGUGGCAAAUGUGGUUCACUGUUGGCAACUGUGAGGUGAUGCACAUUGGGACGAAAAACCCCAACUUCAAGUAUAUGCUGAUGGGAUCUGAGCUGUCGGUGACUGACCAGGAGAGGGAUCUUGGGGUCGUGGUGGACAGCUCGUUGAAGGUGUCGACUCUCAAUGUGCGGCAACUGUGAAAAAGGCCAAUUCCAUGCUAGGGAUCAUUAGGAAGGGGAGUGAAAAUAAAAUGGCUAAUAUUCUAAUGCCCUUAUACAAAACUAUGUUAUGGCCACACCUGGAGUACUGUGUGCAAUUCUAGUCACCACAUCUCAAAAAGCACAUUGUUGAACUGGAGAAGCUACAGAAGAGGGCAACCAAGAUGAUCAGGGGCCUAGAGCACCUUUCUUAUGAAGCAAGGCUACAACACCUGGGGCUAUUUCGUUUAGAAAAAAGGUGACUGUGGGGAGAUAUGAUAGAGGUCUAUAAAAUCAUGCAUGGUAUGGAGAAAGUAGAUAGGGAGAAAUUCUUCUCCCUCUCCCAUAACACUAGAACCAGGGGUCAUCCCAUGAAAUUCAUUGCCAGGAAAUCUAGGACCAAUAAAUAGAGGUACUUUUUCACACAAUGCAUAAUGAACUUGUGGAAUUCUCUGACAGCCAACAACCUGGAUGGCUUUUAGAGGGGUUUGGAUAACUUCAUGGAGUAGAGGUCUCUCAAUGGCUACUAGUAAGAGGGCUAUAGGCCACCUCCAGCCUCAAAGGCAGGAUGCCUCUGAGUACCAGUUGCAGGGGAGUAACAGCAGGAGAGAGGGCAUGUCCUCAACUCCUGCCUGUAGGCUUCCAGUGGCAUCUAGUGGGCUGCUGUGCAAAACAGGAUGCUGGACUAGAUGGGCCUUGGGCCUGAUCCAGCAGGGCUGUUCCUAUGUUUUUAAGGAAUGAGAGUUUAUAGCUCCGUGGUAGAUGUUCUCUGAAUAACGGUCCAUGGGGGGCAAAUAGGAAACAGAUAAGAUGAAAUCUCUGUCAGAAAUGGAUGGUGUGCAAACAGUUCUUUCAGGAAUGCUGGAGCUGCUCAGAGGCUUAUCAGGAUUUCCUGAGUGAUAAGAGGUGCUAAAUUCUUGAAAAGCAGCUACCCAGGUCGUCUCAGCCUUGGGUCCCAGGUGCUGUUGGACUACAACUCCCAUCACUCCCAGCCACCAUGGCCACAGGCUGGGGGUGAUGGAAGUUUUAGCUCAGCAAGCAGCAUCAGGGACCCAAGGCUCAGGGCACUGCACUAAAUGGAAAUGACUACUCCUUUCUUCUCCUCGUCUAAAUUGCUGCCAUGGCUGGCUUGGGGGAAAAUAUGUAAGGAAUCCCAAAGACAGAGCUCCCACGUGAUGUCUGAUUUACCCAUGGCAUUGCAGAGGGUAUUGCUCAAUCUGCUCUGCAAGAUGCAGAGAUUCCACAGCAGAUGCUCAGGAAUUCCCCAAGUGACCAGUUAAUGUGGAAAGGUUUCCUGAGUGUAAAGGUGAAGUGUGCCAUCAAGUCGAUUUCAACUCCUGGCGCCCACAGAGCCCUGUGGUUGUUUUUGGUAGAAUUCAGGAGGGGUUUACUAUUGUCUCCUCCCGUGCAGGUGAUGCCUUUCGGCAUCUUCCUAUAUUGCUGCUACCCAAUAUAGUAGCAGCAGGGAUUCGAACUGGCAACCUGAGUGUAGGGAGUAUUAAAACCACUGUCUUAAACUAUUUGUCUGGGUGGGUCGGUGGCUCAACUGCACAGGCAACCUAAAGCAAUGGAUUUGGGUGACAACAUUGCACAGAUGCAAAAAUAAGCGCCAGCAAGGGACCCGGGAGGUGUAUCCCAUUCCCAGGAUGCCUUGCAGUUCUGCAGAGGUCCCAGGGCAGGGCACAACAUAGGCUUGGUCCAAAGGUUGCAUCUCCAGCAUCCUUUAUCUCAUGGCUAGUUACCUUGGGUUGCACACUGCAGCAGUACAUGGUAUGAGCAGUGUCACUGAGAUUAGCAUGUCAGCUCCCUAUUGGGUCACCUUCAUAACCUCGAUGGUGGGGGGCGGGCACAGUGAUCACCCCUAGCAACAUAAAUACUGUGGGAACCCAGGAUUCCAACUGCUGCAGCCACAGAUCUGGAGGAGAGAGGGGUAAACUAGCUCGACCUUGACAUCGCCUUCCUUCCCUGGAGCUGAGUUCUCCCCACUGAUACAGUCAGGGGCGGAGCUAUAAUUGGGCAGACCUGUUCUGAGGACAAAAGCCGCCCAGCAGCUGGGAGCCAUCCCCACUUGCCUCCCUCCCCCUCUGCCACUGGGGAAGGCUGCCCAUGCUCUUGCUACGCCACGGAAUAAAGCCAAUGUGUCCGGCUGCACAUAUGCCCAGCUCCUGUGAGACUUCCAGAGCUCAGUUGGAGGCCGGACAGGUUGGGCCGAGUAAGCUGCAGUUGCUAAACCCUCAAAGAGCAUUUGAGACAAUGGCCGAAAGCUUGGCCUUAACUUGUGAAAUUGCCAUUUAGCGACUCCUCCGAAUGUGGUCUCUCCUCCCGAGGGAGCAUGUGUUGCGACUGAGAGCCAGGGUGGGUUGGGGAUGCUUGUUUAUUUAUUUCCUUCUCUCACCUACUAAAUCUGGGCUUUAGAAGAUUUUAUCACUGCAAACAGCAGGGGAGUAAUUUCCGUUUGGGGAUCUCUGCUGUACUUGUAGCAAGAUCAGAACCAUGCCUCCAGGUCUGCAAAUAAUGACAUUUGGAGCUGAGCCCAUGGUAGCAGGUUGUGGUGGUAGCGGGUUGUGGUGCCGUCCUGUCCUAGAGCCAUAGAAUCCGAUGCACUUUACAAAGCUACAUUCCUUGUAUCAAGGAAUGCUUUAUAUUUUGUAUGAAGGAAUACUUGCAUAAAGCAUGUUACUUUAUAGAGCAGGGGUUGUUCCCAAUCUUGCCCCCCAACACACACAGAGAUAUUGUUGGACUAUAAUUCCCAUCAUCCCCCUGCCACAACAGUAAGUGGCCGGUGUGACAGGGGAUGGUGGGUCUAACAACAUGGGGUGGGGAGAGAUUGGGAACCCCUGCUCUAGAAGGGACAGGUUGGAUAAGCAAGGAUCAUCCAGAACAUUUCAGAUCCGGAACCAACAGAGGGCCUUGAAUUCUGUGCUCAGAAUAAGCCACACAGAGAAAGUAUUUCCAGACGGACAGCUCUUUUGCAGAGCUGGAGGAAGAGUCAACAUGGUUAUUAUUAUUACCCAAGUUCUUGCUCCUUUUUUGUCGGACUCAGACUUUGCUUGGCCUAUCAGGAGGGACCGAAUCUGGAAGAAACUCUCUGCAGGACACAUCCUCCCUGUUGAUGGGCUUGGGUUGCUAACGUUUCAGCCAGCAUUUGUAGCUGUGCUUUUAAUGACAACUUAGUAGAUGGGGCUGGCUGAAAGUGGGCAACUCUGUGAGGUCUAGGGGACCACAGCUGGAAGAACUGGAUAUGCAGAUGGCCACUAGCUUAGCCAGCUUUAAAAUGGAACUAAACAGGUGUGUGGUGGUGGUGGAGGAGGAGGAGAUGGAUAUGGAGAUGGAGAUGUGUAUCCGUGACAAUUCCAUAGGAAGCCACCUUCUACUGGGUCAGACCCUUGAUCCAUCUAGCUCAGUGUUGUCUCCACCAGGGGUGGGCAACCUUGGAUCUCCAGCUGUCAUUGAACUACAACUCCCAUCAUCCCCAGCCACAAUAAAUGUGAGGGUGGCUAGAAUAAAUUGGGACUAGGGAUGAUGGGAGUUGUACUUCAACAACAAUUGGAAUGCCAAAGUUGUCUACCCUGGUCUACACUGACUGGCAGUGGCUUUUCAAGGUUCCAGGCAGGAGUCUUUCCCAGCCCUACGGGGAGAUGCUGCCAGAGAUGGAAACUUGGACCUCCUGCAUGCAAAGCAGGUGCUCUUCCACUGAGCUAUGUCCCCACCCACUAAGGCAGGGGUUGUCAAACUUGGGUCCCCAGAUUUGCUGGACUACAACUCCCAUCAUCCCCAUCCCCAAUGACCUUAGGGGCCAUUGAGGCUGGAGAUUAUGGCCUUUGGGGCUGGGAACUACAUUGGAGAGGUAGUCCAGCAACAUCUGGGGAACCAGGUUUGACAACCCCUGCCCUAAGGGGAAUAUCUUACAGCAGACAGUGCUCAUGUGUAACCACCAUCCAUAUGCAAUCCAAGGCAAACCCUGCUUAACAAAGGAAAAAAUUCAUACUCUGCAAAACUGGCUUAAUCUCCUUAAAUUAGUCAUGAUGGCUGUGUAGAACCUCCUUGUUGAGAGGCAGCCUACCUCUGAAUACCAGAUGCCAGAGAACAAGUUGUUGCCCUGCUUUUGAGCUUCCCAGAAACAUCAGUGCUGGGCUAGAUGGACACUUGGCCUGAUGCAACAUUGCCUCUUCUUACAAGACCUUAGGCCAAGGGUUCUCAACUCUGAGUAUGCAAAAAAUGUCAAGAUUACAAAUCCCAUCAUCCCCAGCCUUUGGCUCCUAAUUGCUUUUUGCUUGGGGAUUAUGGCCAAGGAUGAUGAGAGUUGUAGUCCAGCAGUGUCUGGAGGCCCAACCUCUGCCUCAGGCGAAACUGGGCUCAGAGAAGAGCUGCUCUCCCAUAUUACCAAUUCAGAACAAGAAAAGUGCGGUAUAAGGGGAAAGUGGCUACAGGACUUGUGACUUCAAAUCAACCCAUCUGGGAAGUUUGGCCUCAAUCUUAGCCUCCCUUCUCAAUGUGAAAAGCACAGGAAAAGCAGCUGCUGGUCUGUGGAGAGCUUGUGGGCGGCUUCCAUGACUCUAUGGAUUUGCAUGCGUUCAUGUGUACAUAGAGUUCAAGUCUUUAGAGAAUGUGGGAUAUUUUGGGCACAUAGCUUGCAGGUUGGACGAACACUGCAAUGGGAGCUAGGGUAGCCAGCCUGCAACCCGGAGGUAGCAUCUUUACCUUCAACAAUGCCUGUGCUGCCAGAGGUUGCCACCAGAGCAAAAAGGCACCUGCAGCAGAGAACUCAUUUGUCCUCCUGGAGAUGGGGGAAGGAAAGACAAAAGAAAUGGGCGUGGACAGACUACCUCAUCUGCUUUAUUGGUGCACUUACAGGGAAAUGAGCACACUGGGUUGCAGCCUGGCAACGCGUACUUUCUGCUGUGAGACAAAGGCCCAGCAGACAGGCAGGAGGGUGAGUGGAGGAACCCAGGCAAGUAACCUCUACUGCUGCAUACUACUUGUUCAAGGUCAAUGUGCAAUCUCCAGGUUGCAACCUGGCAACCCGAAUGGGGACCAACCUGCAUGGCUCAUGUUGUGCAGCUGCACAGUUCUUAUCUGUUGUUAACCAAAGGAGACAUUGGGUGUCUGUGAACCAAGCACAUCUGGAAAAAUCACAUUGUCAUUCAACUUAAUUGACCAGCUUCCGGUCUCUGAAAGCAGAAGAUUGUUGGGAACUAGAGCAGGCUUUCAUCACUGGAGCAGCUUCUGUCCACAUCUUGACUGGUGUGUUGGAAAUGUGUUGUGCUGGGAAUAUCUGGAGUGCUCUUUGUCCCCUUUGUGGACUCCAUGAAUGUGAUCUCGCCCACUCCUUUGUAUGUACAGAACGAUGUUUACUACAAACUGAAAGUCCAAUGAGCUAUUUUAACAGUAAAGGAUAUUUUCUAAUCA